GGGAGCUGCACUGGGGGGCUGCACUGCAUCCAAGGGCACCUUGCCUUCUUUUUUAUUCAUAACUUUUCCUCCUGAUCUGUCUGACUGUGUGGCUGCUGUGCCAGGGCUGAGAAGGUGGCCUGAAAGGAGGAACACGUGGCAGGGAGCAGGAGGUAAGGGCUGUUUCUGCUGGCUGAAAGAGUGCUGCUGAAAGAGAUGGCUGCAGACCCGUGUGCUGAGCAGGCCCGGCCUGCGGUGGCCAUGAGAGCCGGAGCCAGGCGCCGCCGCUGAGGCGAGGAGCGGGAGCGACCGCCAUGGCCUCGUCCCGCGGGGCCCGGCGCGCCGGCCCUCCCGACGGCGGCUGGGGAUGGAUGAUCGUCGCUGGCUGCUUCCUUGUCACUAUCUGCACCAGGGCCGUGACAAGGUGCAUCUCCAUUUUUUUUGUGGAGUUCCAGGCAUACUUUGGGCAGGAUUAUGCCAGAACUGCUUGGAUCCACUCCAUUGUUGACUGUGCUACGAUGCUUUCCCCCCUUGGGAGUUUAAUCAGUAAUCAUGUAUCCUGCCAAGUUGGUAUCAUGCUAGGAGGGCUGCUUGCGUCUACUGGACUAAUUCUGAGCUCAUUCGCCGCCAGUCUGGAGCAUCUCUACUUAUCGUUAGGAGUCCUCACAGGACUUGGGUUUGCACUUUGUUAUUCUCCAGCCAUUGCGAUGGUGGGCAAAUACUUCAACAAAAGGAAAGCACUGGCGUAUGGAAUAGCCAUGUCAGGAAGUGGAAUUGGUACCUUCAUCCUGGCCCCUGUGGUCCAGCUCUUAAUUGAACAGUUUUCCUGGCGAGGAGCUUUGCUCAUCCUGGGAGGUUUUGUUUUAAACCUCUGUGUCUGUGGUGCCUUGAUGCGGCCUAUUUCUCUCAAGGAGGAUUGUAAAACUGGUCCUGAGUUUCUUGAACAGAAUUAUGUCCCUGAAAAAGAGAAACAAGACUUAAAGCAAAUGUCCAUCUGUUCACCUUUAUUCAAAUUAUGGCCUCAUGAAUGUUUAUGCUACUGCUCAUGGAAGGAAUAUGACUUUUUGCUGAUGCCAGGCUUCAUGGUGCUGGCAGUGUCAAUUUUAUUUAUGGCAUAUGGUUGCAGCCCUCUUUUUGUCUACCUGGUGCCUUAUGCUUUGAGUGUUGGAGUGAGUCAUCACCAGGCUGCCUUCCUCAUGUCCAUACUUGGGGUCAUAGACAUCAUUGGUAAUAUCACCUUUGGAUGGCUCACAGACAGAAGGUGUCUGAAGAAGCAUCGGUACUUUUGCUACCUCUUUGCUGUGGGAAUGGAUGGCCUCUGUUGUCUUUUCCUGCCAGUUCUCCAAAGCUUCCCCUUGCUUGUGCCUUUCUCAUUCACCUUUGGCUACUUUGACGGAGCCUAUGUAACGCUGAUCCCUGUCAUGACAGCAGAUGUAGUGGGAACUUCUUUGUUAUCAUCAGCACUGGGUGUUGUGUAUUUUCUUCAUGCCAUACCAUAUCUAGUGAGCCCACCUGUGGCAGGUUGGCUUGUGGACACAACUGGCAGCUAUACUGCAUCAUUUCUCCUGUGUGGAUUUUCUAUGAUAUUUAGUUCAGCACUGUUGUGCUUUGCAAGACUAGCAAAGAAAAUCAAAAGAACACCUUUGCAGUCCCUCACUGGUAACAUGGCCUUGAAACAGCACAUCUGGACAAAUGGAGCAAUAGCUUAUUCUGUCACAGCAGAAUUAGACCAAAGAGAUGUUGAAUUUUUGCCUGUGGAUACAAACAGCUUCAGCAACAGGUGACAAGUGCUGUUGAGAUUCAGUAUGGCACAGCCUGAGACAGAUGUGGCUCUCUGGUGUUACACUGUUGAAGAUAAUUCUCCUGUGAAACAAGACAUCUCUCAAUUUGAUUUUUCUGUUGUGUUUUAGUUGGCUUAAAUCUACAUACAGCAACAGUAAUAUCAAGUUAAUGCAGUAAUAGAAGAAAGCUAGGCUGAAAAUAGAGUUUGUAGAUACAAGUGUUCACAGAUUUAUUUGGAAUGCAAUGCUGACUCCACAGGUAUUAGUCACCAAAACUGAACAAUUAUAUUUACAUUUAAAAAUAUUUUCAUUUUGUGGCCUAGUGUGUUUCAAUGGACUAAUCACACACACCAUGAAAAAAUCGCUGCAUUUAUCAGUCUGCACGAAACUCUUUGCAAAUAAGUGUUUCAAAUGCCAAAGUCAUCUGUUUAUUUUGGUUUAGUUUUGUGGGUUUUUUUUUUUAAGAAAAUCUGGCAGGAAACUGAUUUAUGCUGAAAGUAUCUCUGGAGCAGCUUUAAUUUUUACAAUGUGCCUGAACUUUGUACAUACGUUGCAGUUUAAUUUCAAAUAUGGUUUUAGACCUGCUUUCCUACAUGCUCUAUAGCAAAUUUUACUUUCUUUCUUUUUUCUUCUGGAUACCUUUAAAAUUUGAAUUUCUAAACAUUGACAUUCUGGGUAUGAUCUUUCAGCUGAUCCUUGUCUUGGAGGGUGGAAAAUGUAUUAUGGUGGUGAUGCCCGGAAAGGUUCUGCUAUCUGCACAGGAGUAAAUUUGUGCCAAGGAACCAGGCAUGCUGAUAGACAAAUGUGCUUUAACUGCAUUAAUUGGAAGAAGCCCAAAGGCAGCCCAAGAGACCAGAGAGGCUCCUGUGUUUUCAAACACAGAGCCUCUUCUUGUAAAAUCAGCACCUAUUAGAGAACUUUAGAGUCCAUGCAACCAGAAGGUUGAUUGCCCACCCCACAGGCUGAUAGUUGAGGGGAUGUUGGCAGAAUUGUUUCUGUGUAUUGCAGUGGCAAGUCUGUCUCCUUUCAGACCCAGAAGCUGCAUCUUCAGGUGAUGCCAGUUGCUCAUUUGUAUCAUCUGAAGAGCUAUCAGGUCACUUUUCCUUGAUGGCUAGAACACAAGGGCUGUGACUUGCUGACAGUUUCCUGCUAUUUGUGUGAGGACUAUAUUCCAGUUGGCUGCUUCACAGGAGCUAGGGAGUGAAUGUAGCUCAUGGAGUAACUUACUGAUGUGAUGGUCUAAUAAAUACUGGGAUUUUCUACAUUUCCAGAGUGAAAAUAUUGUCAGCACUGGAAGACUUUACAUUCUGCAAUACAAAUAGUUGCAGUGUUUUCAUGCUGCAUCAAACUAUAUUCUGUUCAUUAACAAAUUGAUCGGAGUCCAAAUAAUUUUCAUUUACACUGAACUAGUAGUUUUGUUGUGUGUUCAAUGGCUGCUCAUUUUGUGUAUCCUUUACCACUCUGUGCCUUGGAAGUGAAAGCAACAUAGGCUAAUGUUCAACAAUUUGAUUUAGACCAAGAGUACAGCCAUAGGAGUAUAAUGUAUUUAUAUAUAUAUAUACACAUACACACACAUAUAUAUGAAUAGCAUGUGUAUCAGGUAGUUUUGUUGUCCAAGUGUAUUUCAAAUAUAACAUAUUAAAAUUGUUUGUGUUUAAAUAAAGUGUUUCUUACUGUUCUGCUUCAGGAAUGUAGUCAGAGCCAGUAGCAUGAUCUAUGUGCACAGAUCAUGGAAUAAUUGAGAGGAAUGCAAAAUCUUUUUAAAGCUGAUGACAUAACUUUUCUUCAUCUCGGCAUGAAAACUGAGUCUUGGACCCCAGUUUAGUUUUUAACAUGUACUCAUUAAAUAAGGACAAUUUAUCCAUGGGUGUUUCUUAAUGAGCUAGGAAAAAUUAGGGAAAAAAUGAAUUGGUUUUAUUAAUCACUACUGAGGAAAAUAAUGUUUUAGAUUGUAAUACAAUAUUUUAAUAUUAAAAAAACUGAGAACAGUGUGGUCAACAAAAAUAUAAUUUAUUUUGAACAAGUUAUAAAUUGCCACUGUAAAUAAAUUUACAAAAAUUUAAUUACUUUGUUUACAUUGCAUCACAACACGUCACCUGUUGUUCAUGUCAGAACUGCAUAUUGUAGAAGUCUGUUGGAAUAAUGCUAUAUGCAUUUUUAUCAUAGUAAAUUAUACUGUGUAAUACAUUAUUAGCAUUUUUUUAUUAUUUCAAGAUUUUUUUCUUAUGCCUUUCCCUUUAUGUAUUUUAAGCAGUACUACUUCUUUUAAAUAUCUUAUUUAGCAGUUAACAUUUAACUGGUUUUAUCACAGACCUUUUGUAGAAAAUGAUAAAAUUCUUUCAGGGCUUUCCCAAACUGUCUCUGCUGUGAUUUAAGUCAAUGGAGAAAAGCUUAUAUACUGGAAUAAAGACUUUUGUGCAUAAAACACACUGGGAAAUAGCAGCCCUGUCAUGAAUGCCCCUGCUGAGAAACAAAGGAAGGAAGUGUAGCAGGAAGCGACCUGCAAAUGGAAGAAAUGGAAAUACAAUGCAGGCUGGGGAAGCAAUCAUGCCAAACUUCUAACUCCUGCUCCACACAACCCAGGCUGAACAGGACACCUUCAUCCUGCCAUGUGAAGUAUUUCAGGUAAUGCAGUAUAGAAAUCUCUGCCUUACAAUAAUUUUAAAGAAUGAUUUAUGGUAUUGGCAAUAUUUUUCUUCUGCGAUUAUAAUAUUCAGGCUGUUCUCCAUGGAGGGCACUUCCUGGCAUGGCUCAGUACAGGAAUAAGUCAACAUACGCAAGCUAGCUGUGAACAAUUUGCCAGAUGAACACUGCAUGUUUGAGGACUUAGGGAUCUUUUCCACCCUCAAUAAUUCUGUGUUCCCACCAACCCUGAUGGACACAAGCAUUGAUGGAUGUGAACUUGGCCUGGAGCACUGCACUGCUGAGCCUGUCUGACUUCCCAGGACAGUGUGGUGGGACUUGACUUAGGGUAACAUCUGUCCGACACAGAUUCUACCUCAGAUGGAUCCUGCCUGGGAUUAUGCUCUGUUCUGUGCAGUCCAUAGAAAUUCAAUGUAAGUGAAACUGCUUACAGCUGCUGAAGUUAUUCCAUCUGUCUCCAUUCCAUGAGGUUUGAAAUGGGGAAAUAAUAAUAAUUCUUUUGAAAUUAUUUAUAUUCUAGUGAUAAUCUGGAAGAUUUAAUAAAUAGUGCCUUGGAAAGUUGUGUGAAAGCGACAUUGGAAAAGUCAAGUACCUUCUGUUGAAAAAUUACUCUUUUUUUCAGAAAAAGCAUUCUUGAAACAUUCCUGUCAGCUUGGAUAAUAAUUUAUCUCCUGAAAGACAAAGGCUGUGUUACUAUAUGGUGAAUGUAUUUUAUAUUGCCACAACAAUGCCUUGUUUUCUUUCUAAAAUGUUACAAAUUUAUAUGAGAAGCUUGUUUAACUUAAACUGUAACACUACUUCACGUUGAGUAUAGCAAAGUCCUUUGUGGGGUUUGC